AACCAGAACUAGAACAGAAGUGAAAUAAAACUCUCUCUCUCUCUCUUCCUUCUCAGUCUUCACUCUCUUUUCUGCUUCUCUUCUCUUACCCUACAUCACACCUCAACCUGCUUGAAGGACAACUCCUCAAGAGUUUCAGGAACUGAAGAGAUGAAGCUCAUCUGGUAAUGAUAAUGACUCGUUUACGGCGAAUCCAGGAGAACGACGAAGACCCAAAAAGCCUCAUUAGCGGUGGUGGUGGUGGUGUUGGAGGUGGAGGAACGGCCAUGAGAUUAAUAGUGCCCUUGCAAGGGGUUGUUCAAGGUAGUGGUGGACUUGUUCUUGGGUCAAUUAUCCCUUGUGCGCUCUUCUACUUUUUGCAGAUUUACCUCCGGAGGAAUCGUUCCGCUUCUUCUCCUCCACCUUCGUCGUCUCCGUCUCCGUCGUCGGCACCUCUUUCCCCAUCUCCGUCUUCCGGACAGUUUGUGGAUGCUUCUGGGUUACAUAGGUCUCCAUCUAAUCUCUUUUCGAGGUUGUCGAUUGGCCCGGUUUAUGUAUCUUCUCGAGCUAAUUCGAUUGCUAAAUCUGCUGAUUCUCCCUACUAUGCUGGGCCUAAGAAGCUGGCCGAGGAUCCGUAUGACGCUUUGAAUAAUCCAGAGGGUGUUAUUCAGCUCGGAUUGGCGGAAAAUAGGUUGUCAUUGGAUUUGGUCGAUUGGCUGGCUGAGCAUGUGAAGGAUUCAAUAAUGGGUGCAGAGGGAGGUGUGGAUUUGAGCAUUCACGGGAUUGCCACUUAUCAGCCGUUUGAUGGAUUGAUGGAAUUGAAAGUGGCUGUGGCAGGAUUCAUGUCCCAAGUCAUGGAAGGAUCAGUUUCAUUUAACCCCUCGCAGAUUGUAUUAACAUCUGGUGCAGCUCCUGCACUCGAGAUACUCAGCUUCUGCCUGGCUGAUGCUGGAAAUGCAUUUCUUGUUCCCUCACCAUAUUACCCAGGGUUUGACAGAUAUAUAAAAUCACGAACUGGGGUUGAGCUGAUACCUGUCCCUUGUCGCAGCACUGAUAAUUUUACUUUGAGUAUCACAGCUCUGGACUGUGCAUUCAUCCAGGCAAAGAAAAGGGGAGUAAAAGUACGUGGGGUUCUUAUUUCAAACCCCUCAAAUCCUGUUGGCAAUCUGAUGAGUUUGGAAACCCUGUAUAGCCUUAUGGACUUCGCUAGAGAGAAGAACAUCCACAUCAUCUCUGAUGAAUUAUUUGCAGGUUCCACCCAUGGCGAUCAAGAAUUUGUGAGCAUAGCCAAAGUUCUUGAUUCAGAAGACUUUGAUAGGAGCAGGAUUCAUAUAGUUUAUGGGCUAUCUAAAGAUCUCUCCCUUCCUGGCUUUAGGGUGGGGGUUAUUUAUUCCUUCAAUGGCAGUGUUCUUGCUGCAGCUAAAAAGUUAUCAAGGUUCUCUUCCAUAUCGGCUCCCACUCAAUGUCUGUUGGUCUCAAUGCUUUCAGACACAAGUUUCAUCCAGGAUUAUAUUGAGACCAAUAGGAAGAGGAUUCGGACAAUGUACUUGGCAUUCGUGGAAGGGUUGAAGCAAUUGGGGAUCGAGUGCGUACAGAGCAGUGGGGGCUUCUACUGUUGGGCAAAUAUGAGUGUGUUAUUACGAUCUUACAGUGAGAAAGGGGAGUUCGAGCUAUGGGAUAAGCUUUUGAAUAUAGCUAAGAUCAAUGUAACUCCUGGAUCAACUUGUCAUUGUAUCGAACCUGGAUGGUUCCGAUGUUGUUUUACUACAUUAACUGAAAAGGAUAUUCCUGUAGUUAUGGAACGGAUUCGGAAAGUCUCCGAAACCUCUAAAUCAUAGGUGAAAUGCUUUUGGUCCAAA